AUGGCGUCGAAUCCUCACAGAGGCGGGACAUUUUACGGCGGCGCCGCUCCGUACAGAUCCAGUGAUGGGCUUAACACUAGAACUGGUGCAGGUUCAGAAGAAAUCCAGCUUCGGAUUGAUCCGAUGCACUCUGACCUAGACGAUGAGAUCACAGGUCUCCACGGCCAAGUUAGCCAAUUGAAAAAUAUUGCUCAAGAGAUUGGGUCAGAAGCCAAGUUUCAGAGGGACUUCUUAGAUGAACUGCAAAUGACAUUGAUAAGAGCGAAAGCUGGGGUGAAGAACAACAUAAGGAAACUGAACAUGAGCAUUAUCCGGAGUGGCAACAAUCACAUCAUGCACGUUCUUCUUUUCGCGCUCCUCUGCUUCUUUAUCCUCUACUUGUGGUCCAAGAUGUUCAAAAGAUGA